AUGAAAUCUGAUAAUUCUCAAAAGAAAAUUAUAAACGAUCCUAUCCAUGGGUAUAUGGAAUUUGAUGAUUGGGCAAUUAAAUUUAUUGAUACACCGCAAUUUCAAAGAUUGAAAGAAAUAAAACAAUUAGGUUCUACCUAUUUUGUUUAUCCUGGUGCAAGUCAUAAUCGCUUCGAACAUAGUAUAGGAACUGCGUACCUUGCUCAGACAUUUACAAAAAUACUACAGCAAAAGGGCGCUGGAAAAGCGGAAGAUGCAGUAAUUGCGCAAAGUGAUUUAAAAUGUGUGACUUUGGCAGCUUUAUGCCACGAUUUGGGGCAUGGACCAUUUAGUCACGUGUUCGAUCAAUUAGUUGUGCCAAGAUUAAUUCCCAAUAGAAAAUGGAAACAUGAAGAUGGAUCCGUAAUGAUGCUGGAUGAUAUUAUUAAAGAACUGAGAGAAUCGAAAGAUUCUUUAGAACUGGAUCCAGAUGAAGUAACCUUAAUAAAGGCACUUAUUCUGGGAAAAUCGAAAUCGGAAUCAACUGGAAUGUAUUGGGUAGGUUCAUAG